AAUAAAGUUCAAAGUGAAGUUCAAGCCUGCUUCUCUCUCUAUCUGAUGAUCAUGGUGUUGAAACCAAACCAAGCAGCACUGCUCUUCACUCAGCUAUUAGUGGUGUGGCAUGUCUUUGCAGAGUUUGUUGAGAAAGGACACAGAGGUGUGAUGGUGAUCACAGGAGAUUCUGUGACCCUGACUUGCAACAUAUCUGAGGAAAAUGCAACACAAAUCUCCUGGACCAACGGCAGAUCUGUUUUUCAACAUUCAAUUGUGCUGAAUCGCACCUUUUCAAAUUUCUCAUUUUACAAACUGAAAAUAAACCAUCAGUUACCUCCAGAGAUAACUGUUUUUAGUGCUCAGCCUGAGGAUGAAGGACUUUAUACAUGUACCAUAUCUGGCAAAGAUGGCCUACACAGCAUUACGUGGAAUUUAACUGUGUCUGAGAAGCCCAAAAAAUCCAUUUCAAAGUAUUUUCUAUCCAUACUAUCACCUGCAAUUGGAUUCAUUCUAUGUGGCAUCAUGUUGGCUGUUUUCCUCUGCAGAAAAGGUAUGACGAGGACACUGAAUCAGGAUCUAGUCGAGGAUCAAUUUCCUCCUGAGUCAGAAGAGAAAAAGCCGGACCAGGUGCCUGAAAAAGGACCUUUACAAGAACAGGACCUUGACUUGUGUCCAGUAUCAUGUGCAUCAUGUUCAGCUUGGAGGAAAGAUGGCCUCUUCACAACUCCAAAGUUUUGCAGUGUACAUGACAGGCAGCACUUGAAGAGACUCAGCUCAUUCUGUGGACUUUACAAGAAGAAAGUUCUGAAAAAAGCUAAAUGAAAAACGAGAAACAGUUUAAAUGGAGAGUACAAGGACACACUGGUUUGCACAUAAAAUAAUAAUAAAAACCUUUCAUAGUUUUCUCUGUAAUUCUUGCACUGAAAAAACAGUGUUACUAAUUUAUUUUAAACUUCACUGGACCAUUGUGUGUGACUAUAACAUUGUGUGUAAACAAUAUGUUAUUAUCAUUAUUAUUAUUGUUGUUGUUUUUUCUAAGGACUUGGGACAUGUACCAAAGGGGAAAAAAAGUUAUUGUAUGAGUAUCACUUCUGAAUCUCUAAAUUGUAGUUUACUAUCUGAUAAUAUUAUGACAAUAUAUUCUCUGCAGACUCAUCAGAUUCUUUGUCCUGAUCAGGAGGAGUUUCACCUACAUGGCCAGUAUAACAGUUUUUGCCUAACUCAGGUUCCAUUCACAUUAUAUUGUGCAUCUUCCAGUGAAGUGCUGUUUAUUUAUGGACACCUCUGGACAAAACUUGUGCUUUGACAGCCAUCAGUUUCUAUAUCUACAGUUAACAUCUGAAGAUUUGGAAUUUUUUGUUGUUUACCAUCAAGAUAAUCUCUGUUGUACAAAUCAGCUCCAUGACACAAGGUUCACCUCUUCCCUAUGAUGAAAUAAUAGCAUUUAAACAGCUGUAUAAGCUACUGAAAGGUUUCACAACUUUGCAUCUAUCAUUUUUCUGUAAAUGCAUGACCUUUUUUGCCUUUAUUUUUAAUAUUACAGCUGAUUUUUUAAAUUCAAAAUCACCACCAAAUGUAGCUGGUAAUAUUGGCAUCUACUGUAGAUCUGGAGGUGAAGUUGAUCCUACCACUUCCUCACUUCUAAUUCGUUUCUAUUGUUAUAAGUUGUGCCAGUAAUAUUAACACAUAGUAACAGGUAACAGAUGUACUACCUGACAGGGAAAAGUAGCAAAGAUUUCUCUAUGUACAAUAUAGAUAACCUGUUCCAGGCUUAUCUGUGCAAAAACCGAUGACUCUAAAGAUACUGAAACAUGUCAUAUAGGAAUUGCCUUUUGCAAUACCAAAGUUAAAAAUAACUGAACUGCAAAGGAUGUCAGCAUAACUGUGAUUAUAAUGGAACUACAGUGAACUCAGAUCAGUUUGAGGCAGUGUAGUAAGAAAAAUAUUGAGAGAGGGAAAACGUAACAUAUUUUAUAUAGUGAGGAGGAGCUUGCACACCCCAGCUUUCUGUAGCUAGGGUGUGCAAGAUGUACAUUUCAAUGCAAGGCCUUAACAGUGGUGGCACAACAGCACUUUGGAUGUUUUUUGGAUCAAUUCUGCAUAAAAUGUAGUUUUGAAAGAGGAGGUUUUUGCAUAUUUCAGUUCAGUAGUAUCAGUCUUUGUAUCAUCAUUAUUAUCAUUAUAUCAUGUCCCCUUUAAGACUAUGAAUUUGAUUGUAUUAUGUUAAAAAUACUCCUAUAUUGCCACUCUGGUGUAUAUUU